GGCCUGCUCCCCGCUGCCCUUCCAGUAAACACCCCUUAAUCCCCGUCCCGCCCGGCGGAAGGAGACCCACGGCCCCCUGGGGCCGGGCCUUGCUCCCCGUCCCUUGCCCGUCUCCCCCCGGGCUCAGGGCAGUGGUUCGCCAGCCCUCCCGCCUUCAUGAAUGCCCCGCAAUAGCCGCCUGCGAGGAGGAGCCGGCCCUCCUGGCCUCUGUUUGCAGAGAGCAGGGCCGGCCGGUUUGGGUGCGCGGGGAUGUGGCGUGGCGCUGCUGGAUGUUGGUUGUUUUUUGUGUAUCCAUCAUCUCCAUCCCUGCAUGACUCCAGACAGACAGGGAGGGAGGGGACGUCCUGCUUGACUUCCCUCCCUUGUGUGAGCGAGAUGGGCCGAUCCCUGGCUUCGAGGUUGAUUUGCACGUAGUCGUUGACGAGGCUUGCGGCGCGUUUCGUCGACCCUUCAAAAGAUCGCGCGUGCUGUUCUUCUGGGAGUCGGUUUGAGACCGUUUCUACCUCCCCCGUUGCCUUUUAAAAGGCCUGCUUUUGGGGUUUAAAAUUAGGCGGUGCCCCUUUAAUCGGCUGUGUGCAACACACUCCCAAAAAAAAUGUGCGUUGCCUCCUGCCCUCGCACUUAUGACACGUGUUUGAGAUGCUGUGUGCUGGCUUUGCAUCUCUUGUUAACGCUUUCUUCCCUUAGGUGUUGGCGCGCGUGUCGGUGCGAGUGGCGCGCGCGUGUCGGUGCGAGUGGCGCAGCUUCAGGAAAGCAGUGGCUGUCGGGAGUGUUUUUUUUUAGUUAGAUUUUUUUUAGUUCGCUGUCCCUGUUGUAGCAAGGGACAUGGGUAGCUUCAGACCCCAAAUAACCAUCCUCUAUUGACAAAAUUGGUUUGUUGAAGUAAUGCUUCAACGUGAAAUAUAUUUGUGUUUCAGAAGGAAUUAGACUCUUACCCGUGAUCUUUUAUCUUUCAAUUUAGCAACCAGGACUCAUAGAGGUGAUAUCUUUUAUUAAACCAAUAAGAUUUUUUGCUAAAAAAAAAUAUUUUAAUUGCAAGGUUUUGGGGGUAUUUGUGUCCAAAAGCUUGCAAUUAAAGAAUUUUUUUUUGUGUGUGUGUGUGUGUGCAAAAAUCUUGUUGGUUUAAUAAAGGGUAUCAUCUAUACUAUGAGUCCUGGUUGCUUUUUCCUCUGGACCAAUAUGGCUAAAACCUGGACACUCUUCCAACUUAGAGAAGUCUUUGGUGUUGGGAAACGCAACUUGCUGAUCUCUUUUUCCCCUCCAGUUGUGUUGAGGUGACUGUCUCAUGUGGGAUUUAUCAACUGAUGUUAGCUCGGUGGGUGAACAGGAGCGGAGUUGACUGAAGAGCAAAGUGAAGGAGAGGAAGCUUUAUGGAAGUCCAAGAAGAAAACAUGGAUCAGCCCAGUGGAAGGAGUUUCAUGCAAGUACUUUGUGAGAAAUACAGUCCUGAGAACUUCCCAUAUCGUCGUGGUCCUGGAAUGGGGGUGCAUGUGCCAGCAACGCCGCAGGGAUCACCUAUGAAAGAUCGUCUCAACCUCCCAAGCAUUCUAGUACUGAACAGCUGUGGAAUCACCUGUGCAGGAGAGGAGAAUGAAAUUGCUGCUUUCUGUGCUCAUGUGUCUGAGCUGGAUCUUUCUGACAAUAAACUUGAAGACUGGCAUGAGGUCAGUAAAAUUGUGUCAAAUGUUCCCCACUUGGAGUUUCUAAACCUGAGUUCCAACCCUCUGAAUUUGUCAGUUUUAGAGAGAAGGUGUGCUGGGUCUUUCUCUGGUGUCCGCAAACUUGUGCUCAACAACAGCAAAACUUCCUGGGAAACAGUCCACACAAUACUCCAGGAAUUACCAGACUUGGAGGAGCUCUUCCUGUGCCUUAAUGACUAUGAAACAGUGUCUUGUUCUCCGGUUUGCUGUCAGUCUCUGAAAUUGCUCCACAUAACUGACAAUAAUCUUCGGGACUGGACUGAAAUCAGAAAGCUUGGAAUUAUGUUUCCGUUGCUUGACACGCUUAUCCUGGCUAACAAUCACGUAAUGACCAUUGAAGACUCGGAAGAUUCUCUGGCAAGGCUGUUCCCAAACUUGCGAUCCAUAAACUUGCACAAGUCAGCAGGUCUACACUGCUGGGAAGACAUUGACAAGCUAAGCUCUUUCCCCAAGCUUGAGGAAGUGAAAUUGUUAGGAAUCCCUCUUCUUCAGCCCUACACCACUGAGGAGCGCCGGAAGCUGGUAAUAGCCAGAUUGCCGUCUGUCAUCAAGCUAAAUGGGAGCGUUGUUGCUGAUGGGGAACGAGAAGAUUCGGAGCGCUUCUUCAUUCGGUAUUAUUUGAAUUUCCCCCAGGAGGAAAUCCCAUUCAGGUAUCAUGAGCUGGUCACAAAAUACGGGAAGCUAGAACCCUUGGCAGUAGUGGAUCUCCGACCCCGGAGCAGUGCGAAGGUGGAAGUUCACUUCAAAGAACAGGUGGAGGAGGUGUCCAUCCGCCUGGACCAAACAGUGGCAGAAUUAAAGAAACAAUUAAAAACUGUCGUGCAGUUGUCAACAAGCAACAUGUUGCUGUACUACUUUGAUCACGAAGCUCCCUUUGGUCCCGAGGAGAUGAAAUAUAACUCACGGGCGCUGCAUUCAUACGGCAUUCGGGAUGGAGAUAAAAUUUACGUGGAGAGCAAAACUAAAUAGCCUGUUCUGGCUUUGUGCACGCACAUACACACAUUCCCGCACACACACACGCACACACGCACACACAUGCACACACACACACGCACAUACUAGGGACUUUUUGCAAGGUUGUUGAUUGGGUUGAUUGAGGCUUGAUUUGGUUUUCUUUUUAUACCAGGUAACUUCUUAGCCCAGGUAGUGUGACAAGAUCUGCAAGACCCAUGCCACUGUUUAAUACGGAGGAGAGAGCUGACAUCAGUGUGUGUUCAUUUUGGACCGUGUGAUACCUUGAUGUUCUCAUCGCUGCUCCGCUAUACUCGUGAAUAUGGCAUCGAUGGUCAGUUGUUUGAGCUAAGGGUGUUAGGGUCCUUUAAUCGGGGGAAUUGGGGUUUGCUGCUGAAUUUGGUGAUCUUUUCCAUUUGUUUAAAGAUUUAGUAAGGCACUUGUCCACCCUGCUGUCUGCCUCUGGCUAGAAGGAGCUGCAUUAAUUGCUAUUUAUCCAGCUAGAUAAUGUUGCUUAACUAUGUUGGUUUUUUUUUUUUUUCCUGUUGAAUUUAGUGAAAUAAUUUUAAGUAGUUUAAGCCUGAUUCAGAGCUUAGGUAUUCAGGGCAUCCCAAACUCCACUAAAUGUGCAUAAAUAAAUGAGAUGCAAGGGGGAGAGUCGCACCUAAAAAUUUGAUGCGCAAAGUUCACUGCCCAGAUCAGCGGGCUUGACGCUGAUCUCCUGUAAGCUGUUUAGUUUUAGUGGUCCUCCGGCAUCCUGUGUCAGUGCGUGACGCCAUGGAUGCUACUGAAAGUCUGGAGUUUAGAGGACUUUGAGCAAACAUGUUGAUAAGUGACCUGCAGAAAGCUGUGGAGGUUUUUGGCUGAGCUUUGCAUCAGGCUGGAAUCCAGAUCAACAGCACAGCGGGAGGCUGAAGAGGAUACUAAGUUCAGGUAUUUGAGUAUGCCCUGAAUACCUAAACCUUUGGAAUACCCUUUUCCUGUUGGUCGCUGGAAGUCCACUGAUAAGCACUUCGCAUUUUGAUUAGCAUUGAAGGCAGAAAGGCUGAGCUGUCGUAUAAACUUGAAGUCUCGCUUCUUGCUGUUGUUCCAGAACCUAGCAAAAUCCUCCCUCCCUUUAAUGUGGGCUCCCUCUUUAGGAUAGGUAAUGUGGGAACACUCUCACCUGGAUCAUCUUACAAAAGGCAAGUAAAUGAGGAAGGGGACUCGCAACCACCGUAAAGCUGAUUCCCAGUACUCUGCUUUGGCUCCCCCCUCGUCCCCCAUAAGCAUUGUGCACUGCUUUUAAAUAGGCCCCUUUUUCCCUUCGCAGCCGGGUCCCAUCCUUCCAGUCCUGUUAUGAAAUCCUCGUUCCUUUUGUGCGUCUCUUGUAAGUCAGGCAGCUGUUUCCCUUUACAGGGCCCUUCCUUGUUCCUCUAUCACAUUGACAAGCUGAAGACAUUGGAAUUACUUAGUUUUAAGCAAGUGCAUUUCUUUAAUGUUUCUCAAGCAAGGUAGUCAGGGCUCUAGUUACGUAUGAACUUUUGACCUUAGUUACUUAACAUCCCCCACCUCCACGUGCACUUUCUUUCCCGUGAUGCUUUUGUCCGAGUCACUGAACUCCUUUAUAUUCUUGGAGCUCUGUAUUUCUCUUCAUAUUUUACCUGGAUUGCAGGGGGACGAAAUAUAAUCUCAUGCCCUUCAGGUUCAGGAUGUUGGAACUACUCAGACAAAAGUGGUUCCAUAGCUAGAGUAAAUGUAGAAAUAGGUUAAUUAAUUGUGCCUGGUCUUCUCCUGCCAAAAUAUUUUAUCUCCUGGCAUCGUAGAGAUGAGCAAUAUAAAAUAGACCAAGGUUUGCAUGUGUAAAAUGGAGUUGACAUUACCUGACUUGAUCUAAUAAGACUAAAGAACAGUCAGACGGUGACCGUGUAAUAUAAGUUGAGAUCACUCUUGGUGCAGAGUGUGUUUUAUAAGCUGUAGCUUAACUGAGGAUGUAUUUUCUGUCCAUUUGGGUAGUGAAAGUGCUUGCUGCCCUGCAAUGGAACUCCAAGCCAACACUUAUGUAUGAUAUAUACAUACGUAAACAUAGGAGAAGUUGUGUUUAAUAAGAUAUUUUAUUAUAAAACAAAGUUUUAUGAAGAUAUGAUUGUUUUAAUAUUAGAAAAGGCCUAUUUCUCCUGUUGACCUAUUGUACAAGUAUGGUACCCAUCAGUCACGAGAUUGUCCAGGUUAUGUGACUGAUGCAGAUAUGAAGGAAUACCUGAUCUAAUUCUAUAGAACAGUAAUUGCCUUUGUGGGUAUAUUUAUGGCAUUGUAACUGGUAUUAAUGAGACACUGUAAUUACCGACCAACUCGUUCAGCACAACGAAAUAACUCAGUUUCAGAGAAGGAAAUAAACAAUCAAUUAAAGUGUUCAAUGGGAUAUUAAAGAAGA